UCCAAUGCUUUUGCGUCUCUGCCUUUUUUAAAGCUUGGAUUCCGUCCUCUCUCUCUCUCUCGAUCUCUCGAACUAAUUUCUACCUGAAACCCUAUAAUAAUACUACACUUUUUCUCUCUUCUGCAACACGCAAGGGCUGUAAUUUGACGGAGGAGGACGCUGAGGAAGACGCGCAUUUGAGAGGGAAUAAUGGGAUCGGGAGCUGGAAGCUUUCUCAAGGUGGUGCUGAAGAACUUCGAUGUGCUUGCUGGGCCGGUUAUCAGUCUUGUGUAUCCUCUGUAUGCUUCCGUCAGGGCAAUUGAGACUAAAUCUCCUAUAGAUGAUCAGCAGUGGCUUACCUAUUGGGUUCUGUAUUCCCUUCUCACUCUCUUUGAGCUCACCUUUAACAAACUCCUUGAAUGGGUCCCCAUAUGGCCAUAUGCAAAGUUGAUUUUGACCUGCUGGUUGGUCAUACCAUAUUUCAGCGGUGCUGCAUAUGUAUAUGAACAUUUUGUGAGGCCCGUCUUUGUCAACCCUCAGACUAUUAACAUCUGGUAUGUCCCAAGGAAGGAGGAUGUCUUUAAAAAGCCAGAUGACAUUUUGACAGCUGCAGAGAAGUAUAUUGAAGAGCAUGGAACUGAACAGUUCGAAAAUAUCAUCCAUAGGGCUCAUAAGUCUGAAACUAGGGGGGCUUUUGUGGAUUUGAAGAGGACUAUCAUUAUUAUAAUGUUCUACUUCAAAUUCUAGAGUUGGUCAUGCCUACUAACAGAGAUGUACAAUGUCAGGGUGUGUUGUGUUGCAGUACCACAUUUCACUUCUUUCUGCUUUCCGAUGAUAAUGUACAUGCACCCUUUUGUUAUUUGCAGUAGUUCUACCGUUGCAGUUGCUGUCACUGUUCUUUUGCUUCUGUGUAUUUAGGGCUUGUAAUGGUGUAAAUUCUUCAGAUGAACUAUGAAGUACUUGGGGUUGGAAGUUUGUGUUGCUUUAUUUUCA